AAAACUUUCGGACAAUUCCUGCUGCUUCAGAGAUCAAUUCCUUAACACUUGUUGAUCCUUUGGGAUGCAAUAACACCGUUUCUAUGCCUCUGGUUUCUCAGCUGAAUCGAAAUUCGAUGACUGUUCAGAAUGCCUCUGUUUUCCCUUCGGCUGUGUUAUCUUCAACAAAUAAUCAAUGUUCGUCAUCUGGAUUAGGAAUGCCGAUUCCUACCGACUCUUCGAAUGUUCGAAAUGUUCAAGGAGUUAAUCUGCAUUCCCAUUCUGUUUUGAUUCCUCCAGCCAAUUCAUCUUCUCAAGAUCCUUCGAUUGACCGACUUCUGCCAAAAACUCAGAUCCCGACUACUGGAAGAGAGUCUCAGGUUCCUCUUGUUACAUCGAAUGCUCAGAAUCCUUCUACUAUUCAGGUUAUUGAAAAUGGAUUAUCUUCUGUUAUUAUGGUGAAUAUUGAUAAUGCUGCAAAUCCAAAUAUUACAACUGUUGAUGCUGAGGUGGGAAAUGCAAGGGUGAUUGAAAUGGAGGAUAUGGAAAAUGCUAGGAAUAUGGCUGUAAUGGAGCAGACAUUCAGUGCUGAUAAGAGUCCUGAUAUUGGAGCAUCUGUUGCUGAUAAACUGAUCACUGAUCCAGUUCCACAGGAGAUGAUCAAUGUGUGUAAUAUUGCAAAUGCUGUUUUGAUUAAUGAUGUUGUGGGUGUUGAGGUUGGGUCUCUUGAUAUUUCCCCAAUGGUUGUGAAUUGUGGAAAUCAAGAGGGUGAUGGCACUGAUAAUGUUGGCAUCAGUCUGGAAUCUCCUAUUCUGCCAGAUCAUGAAG